UAAUCAUGUACAUCUUUCUAUUAGAAUAUUUGAUUAUAUUUCGAAGUAAAAAAUGAAAAUAUUGUUAACUGUAGGUCUGUUAGCGAUUAUUGCAUCUCAACAAGUUACUGGUUAUAAAGUAUGUGGGGAUGAUGAAACAUAUAAAAACGAAACUGAUGAAGCAGUCACUGAAAUAGUUAGCCGCCUUAUGGCUCUGCGAAAAACAGAUUGGAAUUGGAAUAUCCUCCAGGUUCCAAUGACACUACAACUUGUAGCACCAGAAAAAUUUUAUGAAAGAGAAAAGACUAUUGAUGCCAUAAAACAAAAAGUAAAAAAUGACGCCAACAAAAUGUCCUUGUGGAGUUUGGCGCUUCACACAUAUGCUGCGAAAGGACUGUGUCAAAACCCAAGAAACUUUUCUGGUGUUAACCUUGUACAAAUGCUGGAAGAAAACUUGGAAGGCCAAUUUCGAUAUAAAAAACUCGCACCGGUGGACGGACUACGAACAUAUGCAAUAGGCCUUUCAGCACUUUUCUCGUCCAAUGCUGUUGUUCCAAGAUAUCUUAUCAAUAAAUUACUUGCAAAUCAGAAUAAGGAUGGAAGCUUCGGCACACGUUUGAAAAUAGUGACCACAUCUAUGUUGCUCACACCGAUGCACAGACUUUCACAAGAAGUAAAUCCAAAAUAUCGGGUGGAAAGAAUAACUCAUGCUAUCAAGAAAAUGCGUGAAUAUAUAAAGUCAAAUAUUUACACCGACGAGAAAAACCACACAUACAUAGGAAAUCCUUCAUCGUCUACUUUCGGUCUCCUGGGAUUGCAAGCCACACAGGAAUCCGGAGAAAGUCCAACUUCGUGGAAGUGCAGUGAAGUCAUGCACACCCUCGGUUUCAAACCGCAACCAAAUGAAUCGGAUUCGAUGUUAGUAUCUCGUCUUUUACGUAUAACUGGUCGACGAUAUGGAGAAUUUAGCAGUCCUGACUGGAAGUGUAUCAAACCAGAUCCUACGCCUAUUGGAUAUCAACCAAAAUGCGAGCCAUUCAAGCCAGAAACUUGCCAGGUUAAAGAACAAUAAAGAAAGGAUAUAUGAUUGCUCAAUGUUUACGAUUGAUGUUUUCAAGUCUUCUUGGUCAAAUGUUUAUGCGCUCACUUUACGGUGUAUCUGUCACUAAUCAACGGCUUGUAUAUAUAUUUAAUUUAAUAAAGUUUUGAUAAUGUUAUUAAGUGUUCUUUGCAUCACAGAU